AUGACACAACCACUGGAUUGCGAGCGACUGACCCUCUUCCACUCCAUCCAUUUCCCGGGCCAGCCCAUCCCAAAACUAGUCGAACAUGGCCAGCACACUGCACAAGAGGCAGACAGUGAUCACAAGAACCAAAAUGAAAGUGGUGAUGGGCUAGGAUAUUACGAAGAUGGCGUCGAGAGAACCCUCACGGAUGAGCAAAUCGAGAUGUUCCGACACUCCGAGAUUCAGCGCCUGCUGAACGAGAGGCGGGCAGCGAGACAGAAGGAAGAGAAACGAAAACUCAGGAAAGAAAGGGACACAGAAAACCCUGGUGCCUUCGAGCGCAAAAGGCGCCGGUUCGCGGAUCAACCGCCUGCCGGACAGCCUAGCAUCGACAUGCUAAUGUACGAUGAUGUUAAGGGCCACAAUGUUGAAUCGGGCCCGGCAACCAAAAAAUUCAUGUGGCCAAAGAUUGACGGCCACUGA